AUGCAACAAUCAGAAGUUGAAUCUCAUUGGGAUGUCGUGAUUACUAGUCUUCAAGACAUAUGCAACUCAAAUGAAUCUUUACUGUUUAAUAAUUUAUAUUCAAAUGUACCAGAAAAUACUGAUUUUUCUAAAUUAAAAGAAGAUAUAAAUGAUCAUAAAUUAAAUAUAGGUACUGCUAAAAGAUUAAUAGAUACUUCACAAGAAAAUUUAUUGAAAAUAAUUACUCAUUUACAAACAGAACAAGAGAAUCAGAAAAUAAAAGUUCACCAAGAGCAACAACUACAACAACAAGAACAAGAACAACAACGAGAGACAGAAGAAGAAAAACAACAACAACAAGAUACAAAUAUAAAUGAAGACGAAGAAGAUCAUGAAGAAAUAGUAGAAAAGAAACCAAUACCCACUAAAACCUCAUCUAAAAAACAGCAUCAAGGUAAAACAAUAACUCAACCAAAAUCAAAAAAGAACAAUAUCAAAAAGAAAGUAGGUAAAUCAUUUUGGCAAUCUAAAUAUACCCCAUCUGAACCUAUAUAUGUAGGCUCAGAAGUUGCUUAUAAAUUAAAAAAUAAUAGAUUUCCUGAAGAAUGGAUUAAUUGUGAAGUUUUAAAAAUUUUAGGUAAUGACGGGUCCAAAUUUGAAAUUAGAGAUCCUGAACCAGAUGAAAAUAAUAAUCCAGGACGGAUGUAUAAAGCUACAUGGAAAGAAAUUUUGUUAAUUCCUCCUAAAAAUCUAUGGGAUAAUUUGAUAAAUUAUGCUUAUGGUACCAAAGUAUUAGCUCAAUAUCCUGAAACAACUACAUUUUAUCCAGCUAUUGUUGUGGGGAAUAAGAAAGAUGGUAAUGUAAGAUUAAUAUUUGAUGGUGAAGAAGAAGAUAAUAAAGAAACUGAAGUUGCUAGAAGGUUGGUAUUACCUUAUCCAAUAAAGUAA